UUUAAAUUGAUAAAAGUAUCUCAAUUACGUAUAAAUUUUAAAUUAGUAUAAUAUCAGGUGCAUUUGGAAGUCAUUCAUUCAGUGUGACAAAAUCAUGUACUGGAUUUUGUGUUUGGCGCUUAUUGCAGGUGCCGCAUCGGCAUCCGAGCAGUAUGGCCAGAAAGAGAUUCAGCCACAGAAUGCCACAGUCUUGCAGCAAUUUCCGUCCGUCGUUCAGAUAGAGACCUACAUGUUCUGGUCCACUAUGGAAUGGGUGCAGGAAUGUGCUGGAAGCAUACUCACUAGUAGAAUGAUUUUAGCUUGUGCUUCCUGUACCUCUGGAUGGUCCUACGAGCCCCGUUUCCGUCGCAUCAGAGCCGGGUCCAGCUUCAGGCACACCGGAGGCCUGAUCUUCUACGUCCAAGAUAGAGUUAACCACCCUAGUUGGAGUAACUGGAGAUACACUGGUGAUGUCAGCGUGAUCAGGCUGAUGAAUGCCCUGGUGUACAGCCCCGUCAUCCAACAGGCCUCCAUCGCGUCACCAGGGUCCUGGAUUCCUGCUGGUCUGCGACUCAACCAACCUGGUUGGGGUCGUGUUCAGCAACCAAUGAUAAGCAAUCAAGAGGUCCUCACCGCGUCCAUAAGCAGCUGUGGCAGACGAGAUGGCAACUUCUCGAACGCCUUUAAUGCCACAGUCGACAUACUUUGUGCCAUUCCUCAAGCCGACGCUGCACCCAACUAUGAUGUGGGAUCACCCUGGCUGUUCAAUAAUGUGACAGUGGGGAUCGUCGGCGGAGCCAAUACCCUCGGAGUUUACAAUGGACUGAUGGCUGCUGAUAUGGCGAAAUACACUGAAUGGGUCAUCGACAUUGCUAGUGGUGGUUGGUAA